GGAGCUGGUAAUGGCUGACCCCGGCUUCGGCACACAUGACGACAUGACCGAUGCCCGCAUCUUAGCCGGAUCAAGCAUCACCUCCACUUUUCGGCCGGGGUCUCACCCGUAUGCUCGGUGUCCCUGGUCCACCGUCCACGUCCACGACUAGGAGAUGUCAUGGAGGAUCUGGAAAGACAUGGGCAAGGAUAUGAGGAGCUACAAAAGGGUCCCCUCUCCUGGACCCUGGGUCGUGUUCUCCAGUUCCGUCUCUCUCUCUCUCUCUCUCUCUCUCUCUCUCUCUCUCUCUCUCCCCACAGACAUCAGGUUGCAACAUUCUCGACGCGCCGGCUCUUCAUCUGACGACCUUGCCAUUCGCAAAUCUCCUGGUCUGCGACUAAUAGACUGCGAGUGUCUCACUGCCUCCUCCUCGCCAUGACCUUUCUCCGGACUGCUGCACUCGCGCAGCUCCUGCUCACCGCCCUGCCACCCGUUCUAUCGCAGGGAUGCCACGGUCCCCCGGAGUCUCGUCUCGGCGCCGUUGCCUCCGAGUGCGAUAUCUGCAGCGGAAUUGGCACCCGUCUCCUCCAGGAAGGCGGUAAUGCCGUCGACGCCGCCGUCGCUACCACUUUCUGCGUCGGCACCGUCGGCAUGUACCACAGCGGUCUCGGUGGCGGUGGCUUCCUCGUCGUCCGCUCUCAAAACGGGUCCUACGAGUAUGUCGAUUUUCGUGAGAGGGCGCCGGCGGCUGCCUACGAGGAUAUGUAUGUCGACGAUCCGGGCCAGAGCCUUUGGGGUGGUCUCGCCAGCGGUGUGCCUGGCGAGGCAAGAGGCUUGGAAUACGUCCACUCAAAAUAUGGCGCCCUGCCCUGGAAAGAUGUUCUGGCGCCCUCUAUACAGUUGGCUCGCUUCGGCUGGGAGGUCAACCAAGACCUCAUCUACUACAUGAAUGCCGUUGGCGGCGAUUUCCUGACCGACGACCCAACCUGGGCCAUUGACUUCGCUCCUCACGGGAAGCGCCUGGAGCUCGGUGAAACCAUCACGCGCAAGCGGUAUGCGAACACUCUCGAGGCCAUUGCCGAGGGCGGCGCCGACGCUUUUUACAACGGCGCCAUCGCCAACGCCACCAUCGCCGCCCUGACGAGGCUCAACGGCACCAUGGUCCUCGACGACCUUCGGAAUUACACCGUCACACUGCGUCCCACCGCCGAAAUUACCUACCGCGGGUAUAAGCUGACCAGUGCCACGGCGCCGUCCAGCGGCAUCGUCGUCUUGAGUGCCCUGAACGCCGCCGACGGCUUCGACGGCUUCGGCGACCCGGACAAUGUCAACGUGACGACCCAACGCCUUGACCAGGCCACCAAAUUCGCAUACGGCAUGCGCUCCUCGCUGGGCGACCCCCUCUACGUAGACGGACUGUCCGACUACAUGAGAAGCAUGGUCUCGCCCCAGACCGGCGCCGAGGUCCGCUCCAAGAUCUCCGACACGCGCACGUACAACACGUCGUACUACGACCCUUCGGGUCUAGAGUCGCUCGACACCCCCGGCACCGCCCACAUCGUGGCCGCCGACCACACCGGUCUCGCCGUCUCCCUGACGACCACCAUCAACCUCCUCUUCGGCUCGCAGGUCAUGAUCCCCGAGACGGGCGUCAUCAUGAACAACGAGAUGAACGAUUUCAGCAUCCCCGGCGUCACCAACGCCUUCGGCUACGAGCCCAGCCCGUCCAACUUCAUCCGGCCCGGCAAGCGACCGCUCAGCUCCAUGUCGCCCACCAUCGUCGAGACGGAGGAGGGGAAGGUCUACUUCCUCAUCGGCGCCGCCGGUGGGAGCCGCAUCAUCACCUCGACCAUCCAGAACAUCCACCACGUCAUCGACAACGAACUGAACGUCGCUGAUGCCCUAGCCGAGCCCCGCUGGCACGACCAGCUGACGCCCAACGAGAUGACCUUUGAGUGGGCUUUUGAUAACGCCACCGUCGCUCAUCUGAGGAACAUCGGCCACCAGGUCAGGUGGGUUGCUCCCGGUCAGAGUGCGGCCCAAGGUGUGCGGUUGUUGCGGAACGGGACCUUCGAGGCCGCCGGUGAGCCGCGCCAGGCCAACUCGGGCGGCUUUGCCGUAUAACGAACCCAAUGAUGGGGAAGAUGAAGGUGACGAAGACGAGAAAAAAAAUGAAGAUGGUGAAUAGUUAAUGUCUAAAUGAGGGAAAACUUUUCAUUCCAAAAACGGUUCAUAAUCACUACCCCGACCAUUCUCUUGGUCUGUGGUACCCGAGAAACGGCGACCGCCGGUGACAAUAUAUAUAGGUCCUGGUCGCCCGAGAUUGAGGGAUCUCCCUGACAUAUAUCUAUAAUCUUGCCGUGGCUUACGCCAUCCCGCCAGUGGAAACACAUAGCCAAGAUUCAAGAGAUCUUCUGAUGUACGAUAGCCGAUAGGGUGCAUCAACACCCAACCGCGAGUCCGCGUCUUCGACCCCUCCAUGCUAUGCCUUGCAUGCUGACGUUCUAAUUCUAAUACCGACCUUCCCGAUCAAGAUCACG